AUGCUUAACGAAGUACCUUUAAGGAAUAUCAUUGAGGAUCCAGAUUUACAGCAACAACGUAGUGCAGUGCAGGAUCUACAUACUCAAGCAACACCCGUCAACAUCACUCGUCUGGUUGACCAAGCUGAAAAUCUGCCCCAAGCAUCUCCACGCACACUAGAAGAAGAUUUGAUUGUUUCUAGUUCAUCUUCGGAUCUCUAUGAACCUUCAAGUUCGUCUGAUACAGAAAAUGAGACCUCACUGGAAAGUGAUGUAGAGGAAAUUGCUAAACGUAAAAAGGUACCAAAAAAAAAGAAAAGAAACGAGAAGACAUGGAAGAAAAAUGUUAGGAAAGCUAAAAGGCUUAAGGAUGCCUUCAUGAGAAGUGCCGCAAACAAGCUCUCAUCCAAUGGAAUUCUAGAACAAGAUAAACGCGGAAAACACCAACCUUCAAACAAAUUACCACAGAAUGUGGAGAAGUUUAUACGAAACCAGAUUCUAAAUUUUCCAGCGGUAGAAUCGCAUUACUGCCGUAAAUCUAGUGGAAAGAAGUACCUUGACUCAUCCUUGAAUAUAUCAAUAAUGUACAGGAUGUACAAAGAGUUGUGCAGCACUGAAAAUGUCCAAAUUGUUACAUUUGAAAAGUAUCGCCAGAUAUUCUCCGAAUAUAACUUAGGCUUCUUCAAGCCGAAGAAAGACCAAUGUAAGAAAUGUUUGGAAUUCGAAAAUAUGUCUGAAGAAGAGAAAAAGGCAGUACAGGAAGCGUAUAAAAAACAUCUCAAUAGGAAAAAUGAAGCUAGACGAGCCCGCGAUGAGGACAAGUUGAUAGCUAAAGAGAAUCCCAAGGUUUUGGCAUUUAAUUUUGAUUUGCAGGCAGUCUUAACAACGCCCAAAGGAUCUGCGGGACAAAUAUUUUAUUUGAGGAAACUAGCUGUGUUUAAUUUCACCAUUUACAAUUUAGGAAACCAAAAUGUUAUGUGCUACCUUUGGGACGAAACAAAGGGAAAAAGAGGGGCUAAUGAAAUUGCGUCCUGUGUUUAUGAUUUUAUUAUGAGCCAUUCUGAGAUCGAGGAGGUCCGUAUGAUGUCUGACGGAUGUGGAGGGCAGCAAAAAAAUUCAAUAUUUGCAACCAUGUGCAUCCAACUCCUUGCGGAGCAUCCAUCAUUGAAUGUUAUUGAUCAUCGGUUUUUCGAAACAGGGCACACUGAAAUGGAGUGCGACUCCAUUCACUCGAAAAUAGAGAAAAAAUCGAAAUAUGUUCCCGUUUAUACCCCCGAGGGGUGGGCGCAACUUAUAAGAGAUGCACGUAUCACACCAUGUCCUUUUGCAGUAAAGUCAUUGACGUUUGAUGACUUUUCAGAUUUUAAAGGAUUUUCAAAUAAUAAUUCUUUUAAUUUCAAUAACAUUCCCUGGAGAAAGCUCUGCUGUCUUCGGUAUAUCAAAGAGAAUAAUUUCAUAAAUGUUAUGUACAAAGUGGACUUUACCAACGAUUUUAUUAGAGUAGACUGCAAAAAAACCCGAGGCCGUCCAAAACAAGCCGACUUGAAGAAGGCCUAUCAAAAUGAAUUGCCCAUCAGCGAGGCAAAAUGGAAAGACCUAGAUAAAAUGUGCAAGGAUUUAACAAUACCAAAAGCUUACCACGAUUUUUACCAUUCUCUGAAAACAAAUCACAUGGUGAGGGACAAUUUACCGGAACCAGACAUUAGUGAAGAGUCAGAUACUGACGAUUGA